GAUCGAAGAGGGGAGCAGACACUUGUUUUUGCCUACUAAAGAAUUAAAAAAGGACAGACUUUUGCCCAAUUGACAAUCUCCCAGAGUGUGUGCACAGGUUGUGCAGCGUCGUUGCUGUCUAGCUUUAUUUCUAUGAGGAACCAUUUUGUGAACAUGCUCAUGCUGUCUGUGAAGAAAUGUUUGGGGCUAGCUGUUGGGAUAUGAAGCUGCAUCUGCCUGUACUCUUGCUGCUCUGCCUCUGUUGGCUGGGACUGACUGAUGAGACUGGUACGGUAGCUACUGAGUACCACUCUUGCGGGGAGCAGGUGCUCAGCCAGGAGGCCCGGUGGUCAGUAGGGGGUGCUGUAGAGAGACUGGGCAGGCAGCUACUGGACAGCCUGCAGACAGGGCCAGAGCAGCCCAACGUCAUCAUAUCACCCCUCAGCGUGGCCCUUGCACUAGCACAGCUCACACUGGGAGCUCGUAACGAGACACAGAAGUUGCUGCUAAGUUCUCUACACGCCCACACUGUGCCCUGCUACCAUGAAUCCCUGGGCAGCCUGCUCCAACACCUCACCAACACCUCCCUACAGGUGGCUACACGCAUGUACCUGCGCCCAGAGUUUGAGGUGUACCAGUCCUUUGUUACAGAAUCCAUGCGUAGCUACAAAUCAGAGCCUGCCCCCUUGAUCUCAGUAGAAGAUGUCAACCAAUGGGUGGAAGACGCCACCAAAGGUCACAUGACCAAUUUCCUGACCAGUAUUCCGCAUGAUGUGGUGCUCAUGCUGAUCAAUGCUGUGCAUUUCAAAGGUGAGUGGGAGGCUCGCUUCGACCCUCAGCUCACACAGAAGGAUGUCUUCUACCUGGACAAUAAGAACUUUGUCCAUGUAGACAUGAUGCGGUCAGCCAAGUAUCCACUGAGCCUGUUAGAAGAUGGGGAGCUUGGGGCUCAGGUUGCACGUUUUCCAUUUAAGGGAAACACCAGCUUUCUGGUAGUGAUGCCGUUGCCAGGAAGAGGAAACGUGUCAUCACUGGUGGCCAAGCUGAAUAUCUCUGACCUGUACAGACGUCUACCUCAGGAGAGGACCAUGCAGGUCCAACUGCCCAAGUUCACCCUGCAGUACCGCCAAGAGCUACAGGAGGCGCUGACCAGCAUGGGUCUGGGCUCUUUGUUCUCUAGUCCUAAUCUGUCCGGUGUCUCAGCGGUUCCUCUGCAGGUGUCCAGCAUGCGUCACGCCUGCGGGGUGGAGUUGAGUGAGGAGGGGGCCGAAGCAUCUGCAGCCACCUCCAUCACCAUCAUGCGCUCUGUUCCCAUCUUUUCUGUAAACUCCCCUUUCCUGUUCGCCCUGGUAGACCACGCCUCCCUCGCUCCAAUCUUCCUGGGCACCGUCACUAACCCAGCCCCUGACGCCAGCCCCAUUCAGAUCGACAGUCCCCUCGGCGAUGAUCCCAAUGGCAACAGGACCCAAAGUGACAGCUCUCAUAGCAACAGCAAUGUACAGAACGAUGGUCCCCAUAGUAACAACAACGUACAGAGCGACAGUCCCCAUAGCAGUAACAACGUACAGAGUGACCAGCCACAAAGUGAGAGAAUGCAGUGUGGCGUCCCUGUCGGGGGGGAGGAGCAACAACAGCCCCUGAAUGAAGUAGAGGGAAACCCCAAUGCCCAGGUGGAGGGGCAAGGAUCUAGUUCCUGUGCCAAUCCCUCUCAUACAGUUCCUUCCUAAACCAACACUGAUGCCCAGCUUGCCCCAACCAAUCUCUCACUGUUCUGUCCUGAGCAACACUGAUGCCCAGCUUGCCCCAACCCAUCUCUCACUGUUCUGUCCUGAGCAACACUGAUGCCCAGCUUGCCCUAACCCAUCUCUCACUGUUAUGUCCUGAGCAACACUGAUGCCCAGCUUGCCCCAACCCAUCUCUCACUGUUCUGUCCUGAGCAACACUGAUGCCCAGCUUGCCCUAACCCAUCUCUCACUGUUCUGUCCUGAGCAACACUGAUGCCCAGCUUGCCCCAACCCAUCUCUCACUGUUCUGUCCUGAGCAACACUGAUGCCCAGCUUGCCCCAACCCAUCUCUCACUGUUCUGUCCUGAGCAACACUGAUGCCCAGCUUGCCCCAACCCAUCUCUCACUGUUCUGUCCUGAGCAACACUGAUGCCCAGCUUGCCCCAACGCAUCUCCCACUGUUCUGUCCUGUCCUGAGCAACACUGAUGCCCAGCUUGCCCCAAACCAUCUCUCACUGUUCUGUCCUGAGCAACACUGCCUGACCAGCUGGUCUCAUAUGGAGCCCAGCCCUCACAUAGCAAAACCCUAUCCCAAUCUAUUGGCCCAGUUCCCAGUCCAGAAUCAACAACAGCCCCUACCCCUAGACACCCGACAACUUCUCACAGUCCCUCCCCUCCCCAGUGAAUGCCCCUGAUUACAACCCAAUGAUUUAGGAGAGACCAUGGACCUGUCCUAUACUACACUGUGUGUGCAGAUUAACACUCAAAUGUGUUUUUUUACACUUGGCUGUGCACUGUCUGUCUUACAGUAUUUGUGUUUUGUUUUGAUGUCUUACUUUUUGAUGAUUCUCACCUCUGGUAUUGAUUAAAGAAAUGAAGUCUCAA